UCUAUUUCAGAGCACAAAGUUAUCAUUGUUGGGCUGGAUAAUGCAGGGAAAACUACCAUUCUUUACCAAUUUUCUAUGAAUGAAGUUGUACAUACAUCUCCUACAAUAGGAAGUAAUGUAGAAGAGAUAGUGAUUAAUAAUACACGUUUCCUAAUGUGGGAUAUUGGUGGCCAAGAAUCUCUUCGUUCUUCCUGGAACACUUACUAUACUAACACAGAGUUUGUAAUAGUUGUUGUGGACAGUACAGACAGAGAGAGGAUUUCUGUAACUAGAGAAGAGCUCUAUAAAAUGUUAGCGCAUGAGGACCUAAGAAAAGCUGGAUUGCUGAUUUUUGCUAAUAAACAAGAUGUUAAAGAAUGCAUGACUGUAGCAGAAAUCUCCCAGUUUUUGAAGCUAACUUCUAUUAAAGAUCACCAGUGGCAUAUCCAGGCAUGCUGUGCUCUAACUGGCGAGGGGUUGUGCCAAGGACUUGAAUGGAUGAUGUCACGACUUAAGAUUAGAUGAUCUCUACUGACCUCUUCUCAUAGACUUUGUAUAAAUGAAGUGCUGGACUUUACCUGAAAGCUGCAAAAAUUAAUGGUUUAGAUAUAUUUAUAAUAAACUGAUUUAAACUUUUUCUAUAAGAAGAAAAAUUAAGACCACUUAUUUGAAAACAAAGAUGAAGUCUCACCUUCCAAUUUACUUUCUUAUUAGUUUUUUCCAAAGUAAGUUAUUAAAGCUGUGAUUGACGUUUUUCUCAUAAUGAAUCCUCUCAGGACAUUGUGUAGCCUGUGGUAAGUACAAAGGGAGAGGAAGACAUUUUGAAUUUUAAGAGCUUUAUUAUCAGUAUAACCCUCCCUAGUUGAAUGUUGUUUUCUUCUUGUUCCAUUAAGUCAAAAUACAAAUCAGCACAGAUAUUCAGUUUCCAAUAUUUUAAAAUGUAAUGUUACUUAUGAAAAGUAUUUUGCUUAAGGUUGUGUGUGUAUUUUGUAUAUACCUCAAGUUCAAGUUAAUGGCAUUGAUUUAUGUUCCAGAGAAAAAUAACACAAAUAUUAAUAAUAUCCUUCGUUAUAACCAUAAUGAGAUAAGUAUUGGCAUUGGUGUUCAGUGCCAUUUUAUACUUUCUCUCUAUGUUCUCUGUAUUGUACUAACCAACCUCCCAAAUCAUUGAGCUGCUUAUUUAAAAAAAAAAAGGAAAAGGAAAAAGCAUGACAUUGCGUAUUGAUUUUUUGUUGUUGACCAAAAUCACAAACAUGGAAACACAUAAUUCAGCAGAGUGGGAUAGCUGUCAGAUUCUUGGCUUAGUAUUACUAAUGGGCAGGAUUGUACAAUGAGCAACUAUCAGAUUAUUCCUUUCAGUGGUUCUUAUGGCAUCUAAAUUACUGAAUAAAUUAUUAAUCCAUUAAUCAGUGAAUCAAAUUAUGAUUAAAAUUAUCAAAUGAAUGCUCAGCAUUCAUUGAAAACUGUUGUGUGAAACAUGUCUACCCAGAAAAAUAAUAUUCUAUAAAUACUAUUAAACAACUUAGCUAUAUUAUUUUUAAGCAUUAAAUUAUACGUCAAGGAGUUAAAGUGAAUUUCAGAGUAAAAGUAAGGCAUGUUUCUGAGCAACAUUGAUAAUUUCUUAAUUUGCCAAUUUCUUCUUAUUUUGGUACUUGGAAUAUAGUGUGAGAUUUUUUAUUUCUAAAUUUUGUUCUAUCUAUUACAUAAAUGCAUUGACAAUUAUAAACUGCAAGUGUUUUUUGAAUGAUUUUAAGAAUUUGGUUUAAAAAUUGAUUGCUACCAUGUAUUAUUUGUACUAAGAAGUAACUUGACCCAAAACACCCUCUCUGUUUGCUUAGGGUAUUUUUUUCAAUGUCUGAAAGUUAGAGGUAUUCCUGUCACAAUUGUAAACAAACUUAUCCUAAAUGUGUUAAAACAUAUUCUGGGGUACUCUAUCUCUAUGUAUCUUUCAUGCCUUGAAAAUCUGAAGGUUAAUCCAAACUCACUUGUUUUAGCAUAUUUAAGAAAAAAAAAACUACUUUUAAUAUCAGCCUUUUAAGUUUCAUGAAGAUUUUGGUGAGGAAUAAUAGUAUAUACUUUAAAUAUUGGCAAAACUUUGAAAGUUUUCUUUCUUUAAAAUGGGAAAUACUCAAUAUCUAAAUCCAGGUCAGGCGUGGGAGAUCAGUAUCUAACAUUGAAUGUUUUGUGUUUUAUAUUUAUAAUGUUCAAAAUGCAAGCAUAACAUUUAAUCUUUGUCCACAUGGUUUUACAAAAGUAAAUCUUAAAUUACUAAGCUUUUCUCAUAUGUUCUCAUACUUUUUCAAAUCACUAUAAAGAAUUACUUGUUAUCUAUUAAAAAUCUCCUUCCCCCAAAUCUGUAUUACGGUUUCACCAGACAAAUAUUCUGUGAUGUAGCCCAGAAAAUCCGCACCUUUUGUCCUUUUUAUUUUUUAAUUUGAAUAAUCAUGUGCUUAGUCCCUUGGAUUACUGCCACAUCAGUUUAACACAGUAUCAGCACAUUACCUUGUCGUCAAGAUAAUGGCUCAGAUUUAUUCUUAAUUGAAUGUUUAAAGCAUGCACUACCUUGUUACAGUUGGUUUAGUGGAUUAUUGACUUGACAUCAUGAGAAGAUGUAUAAUUUUAUACCACAUUUAUAAAAUAUGAUUUUGUUUUCUACCCUUCAAGGUAAACAUUAAAAAUAAGGUGGUAUUUGUGUACUUGUACAUAAAACCAAAAUUAUAGUUGGGAAAAAAUAAAUUUAUAUAUGAAAAUGUCAAAAUCAUUUUAACAGUAUUAUUUUCAGAUAAGAUGGAGAGGCUGGUGAAAAGUCA